GAUGCUUGGGAUUAAGAAUAAGCUAGCAUUUUCGUUGAUUAUCAGAAGGUAUGGGAGUAAAAAAUUCGGUUGGGAUCAAGGAGCUAACAUGUGCGGUAGUGAUAAGGUUGAUCUUGUUUAUCCUGUAAUCUUAAAUGUUGCACAUAGUGGGCCUACAGAAAUAAUAGUGAUCACUAGUAUUUUAGAUGAGGAUGCUGGAAAUGUAAUGGAUUUUAGAUUAUUUUGUAAGGAAUCUUGGGGAUUUAGAGGUUUCAUUUUAUCUGUCCAUAAAUGCCCCGAUGGGUGUUCCGUAUGCUAGGGAACUGAUACAGUUGUUUAAUGCAAACUUUGGUGGAUAUUAUCGACUAGUUAAACCUAAUUAAAGACAAAUGAAAUAGUAUCCAAAUGGUUGGACUACAAUUCAAGGAUUCCCUGAAGCAACUUAUUGUGGAUGUAAGCAAAAAUACAUAUGAAUUAGCUGUUGCUUUAUUUGGUGGUUAUAAUAAGAUGGGAGUUGGAACUGUUAUCAAUAAGUCUUUUUUCAUAUUCCAAGACAUUCUAAAAUAAAGAUCAAUUUUUGUGGGCAAAGAUUGACUCCUGGAA